AUGAAUACACUAAAUUCUAGUGAGCAAUUAUUUUGGAGUGUUUUUAAAAAUAAAUAUUUAGUUAAUUUAAUAUUUAGUUUUUUAAAAAAUCGACAUGAACCAUAUUUAUCAGUUUCAUACAGUCAAAUAAUCGAUAUCACAUAUAUGAUAAAUAAUGGAAGAAAGGAAUUGUUAAAAGAUAAAGUUAAAAGUAAUCAAUUUUUAGUUUUUGGUGAAAGACCUACUUCUUUUAAUAUAUGGAACCAAAUUUUUUGCUUUAUUGGGGAAGAUUACCAAUUUUACAGAUAUUUAUUUAAAAACUAUUCAAAAAGAAUUUACAAUUUAGAAAAUAUAGCUAUUGCCGCAAUAAAUAGUAAAACCAUCACACCAAUAUUAGUAUUAAUCAAAGAUAAACAAUAUACACCAUCAUUUCAAAUAUUAAAAGAAUCUAUAAAGUUUCAAUUUUUUAAAUCAAUUAAAUUUUUAUUAAAAAAUUAUAAAUUAUUUUCAAAUAAUAAUACUAAUAAUAAUAAUAAUGAUAAUAAUAUUAAUAUUAUAGAAAGUAAUAAUGACCAAAAUAUGUCAAUAGACAAUACUCUAAUUUACAGUUUAUUAAAUAAUUGCAUGGAUAAUAAUAGUAAUAAUAAUAAUGAUUGUUCAAUAGUUCAUAUUUUUUUUUCAAAUUUAAAUAAAAAUAAAUCAUUAUCAUCCACGACUAAUAAAAAUAAUUAUAAAAUUUAUAAAAUAAUAAAUUGGUUAAUAAAUAAACUAAAUUUUAGUAAAUUGGGAAAGAAUGAAGUUAUAGAAAAAACAAGUUUGUUUUAUCAGUGUCCUUUUGAUUUCAAAUUAAAGCAUUUGGUUGAAGCCUAUAGGUUAAUAGUUUGCUUAGAAUUAUCCGAAUGCAAGAAUGUUUCAAUAUUGCAACCAGAGGAAUUUAAUAAAUCACUGAGUACAUUCACCAAACAGGAAUUAAAUACAUCGAUUGAUUUAAUGGCAUCAGUAGAUAACCAAAUUAUUAAAGAGUUGGUCACGGUUUAUUUAUCAGUUAGGAAACAAGUUACCAUCAGCCCAAGAUAUCUUAUUGUGUAUAAUAGUGGUUGUGAUUUUAACGCAUUGUGUAAAAUAAAAAAAUUAAGCAGAUUCUCAUUACAAUAUGCAAAUUUCGAUAUAUGGAAGCUAUAUACAGAAAACAUUAAUGAGGAAGAGAACGAAAUAUCAAGAUUUGAAGAUAGUGUCAUGAAAAAUUAUAUAUCAAAACAGAAUGAGGAAUUUAUAGAGAACCCAAGCUAUUUGUUCAAAUAUGUAUCUUGUAUUGAAAAGAAAAAGGAGUAUAUAAAAUCAAUGUUCAGAUACAUUCACAGUUGUUUUGAUAGGUCUUUGUAUUUGCGAACUUUAAACCCAAUGUUCUUUUUCAACUUAAUAUUGAUAGCAACAGAUAGUUUAGAAUUGAUCGAAUUUGCAUACAACGAGUUGAACUUUCAUAAAAUCAUCUCUUCAAAACUAUCAUACCGUAUGUCAAAUAGAAAAUAUAAUCCAAUAAAAUAUGUUAGAUCAACAAAAUCACUAGAAUAUAUUCUGGAUCAAUGCAAUCUCUUUUCAGAAUUCGAGAGUAGUUGUUGUUUUCAAUUUUGGAUUUCUAAUGGUAGAGGAGACUUAUUAGAGCUAUAUUUAAAUAAAAGACCAAAUUUCGUGAUGACAUUUACCGAAUUAACAUCAGCAAUUAACAAUAUACACUUAUCUGUAAUUAAAAAAAUAAUUGAAAAUAAAAAAAGAUCAAUAUUCGAUUCACAUAUCAUUCAAUGUUUACAUGAUACAAGAGUCAAAGGAACAUUAGACCAAGUUACAUUUAUUAUAGACAAUACAUCUUUCUUUUGCGCACCUUAUAAAUUCAAAUUCCUUUCAUCAGCAGACAGAGUCAGACUAUUCAAUUGGAUACUCAAAGAAAGAGAGAAUUUAAUAGGAAAGAGAAUUAUAAUUCAAAAAAGAGAAUUAAAAGAAAUGCAAUAUUUAACAGGUGACAUAAACAAAUUUUUAAAUUUGGAUAUAUCAAAGCAUUUAUUCGAUUUCGAUCUAUCAUUUAAUUCAAUAGCAGAAAAAUACGAUAAAAAAAUAAUUUUAAAAAUUUUAAAUGAUACAACCCCAUCAUUUAAUAAUAAUAAUAAUAAUAAUAAUAAUAAUAAUUAUGAUAAUGAAAAUAAUAAACUUAUAUUAGGAUUGCUAUCAAAUUUAGCCAAAAGAGGGUGGCUAUCAAUAUUUAAAUCAAUUUAUAAAAAACAACCAAACUUAUUAUUGGAAAAUAGAAUAUUUAGCGAAAAAGAUUUAGUAAAUAAUUUAUUGAUACCAUGUGUCCUACACGAUCAUUACGAAUUAUGCGAAUUUAUGAUAAACACAUUAAACUAUAGAAUGAAUAUCAAUAACUAUAUAUUUUUAACAAAUAAAAAUAGUUCAGUCUAUUUUAAUUUAAUUAAAGAUUUAGAAUCAUUAAAUUAA